AUGUAUUUGACGAGAAGAAGUGGUAAUUGCAAAUGCUCAAAACGUGAAACUAAAGCAAAAAAGAAGGCUGAUGAACAGCAAGGAAAUUGCGAUUUUUGGAUUAAAGAAAAGUCACUACCAAGAAGUAACGCUUGUGUUGACAUUGGUGAUACUUUUGAUUGGAACGAUAAGCCGUUACCGAGACCGAUGUCUGUUAAGUCGUAUGCUACAGUUCGGCAAAAAUUGUCUCAUCAUUAUCCAAAUUUGAGCCAAAUUCCGCUUCGAAUAUCGCAAAGCGUUACAGAAAGUCCGUCGUUGAAAUCAACAGAUUCAUCGCAGACGUCGACAUUUGGUGUACGACCGGUAAUACCAGCGUCAUAUACGGUGGAUACUGAUUUGAACAGUUUACAUUCCAGCAUAUCUACAGAAAAAAAUACUGCUGGUGCUGGUAGUGGUGGCGGUGGUGGUUGUGGUGGUGCUAGUAAUGGUGGUUAUUUCUUGAAAAAUAAUGAUUUUUCUACAACAUUUAAUGUAUCACCUCAAUGUCUAACAAAUAUUAGUAACAAUAACAAAGAAGCAUACAGUAUAUUGUGA